UAUUUAUUAACAUAAUAUAUUCAAACUUCAAACAUUUUUCUUGUUUUCAAGUGUCAACAAAAUAACAAAUAUAUAAACAUAAAAAGUAUUGAUUUUAUUUAAACUAAAUGAUAAAAUGGAUGGGCUAACACAGACAAUAAUAUAUGAUACGAAAUCUCCUCCAAACAUUUAUUCUACUACAGUUAUGCGUAUGGUUGACGGUAAUGAAAAAAUUAUAAUGGUUUCUUCAAAAACAGACAUUAUCACCCUAGAAACAAAGACCGUAAAUGACGAACCUAUAACUUCCAUUGUACCAAUUGAGUUUUCGAAUAUCCCAAGUGAGUUAGAUUAAUAGAAUUUUAUGAUACCUAUUCAAUAUUUUAUAAUUUUACACUUUUACAGAUAAUGCAGCAAUUAUUGCGAUUCACUGUAUAAACAAAUCUAAAGAAUUUGACGAUUUUAUCAUUGGAAUAACUUAUGAAAUAUUAUCAGUAUGCACUUUUACAAAAUAAGUUUAGUUUUCAUGUUAUACAAUAUUGAACACCUUAGUGGGUUAUUCUUCAAAUACUGUACAACAUUAUUUUUAUUACAUAAUUUUUAUUUAGGGAUGUUAUUAAUAUUUUUUUUUUUUUUGACAAUCUAGACUCUUACUAACACUAUAUAUCUAAUACAGUUUAAAAAAAAAAUUCAAAAUCAUUUUCUUUCAGUCAAAGAUAAAAUUAUUAAGUUUUAUAUUUUUCAGUCUGAUAUAUUAUUGUAUAAUAAAAUUUAUUUUAGGUUAAAAUAAUAACUAACUAGAAUAAGUAAUAAAACCACUAUUAAUUAGAUAGUUGGAAACCUAAUUUUACCUUGAUAAAUUGUAUAUUAAAUCCUAUAUACCUAAUAAAAUAAAAUGAUAAUUUGAAAUUUAUAUAUUAAAAAUAUGAAAACUGAUGACUUCUUCUCCUUCUCAACUAUUCAGAUUAUAGAAAAAAAUUAUAAGUGAAUUUUAAUUUACAUGAAAAAAAAUAUUUUAGGAUGAGGAAGAAAACCAAUCAGAAGUGUAUUUCAAUAAUUACAUGGGAUUCCCUGGAUCAUCAUUAGAAGCUAUAAUUUCAAAUUGUGAAACAUUAAAAUUGAAUUUCUUUCCACUUCAACUAAAUCAUUCUAUUUACUUAUGUGAAAACCAAAAAAAAGUAAAAUAAACUUAUAUUUAAAUAAAGUUAUAAGUCUAGCAGGAACCUAUUAGAAAUUAAGACAGGCCAGAAAACUAUAAUUAAGAAACAGAUUUAUUUACUCUUAAAAUCCACAAAAUUGUUAAAGGGGUUUGAAAGUCCCUCUUUAAUGACUUUAAUUUAUUAAAUACAAUUUUCUAAUUCUACAAAAAUAAUUAGCACAAAGUAAUUUGUUUUAAAUAAAAUAGUGCCUACAUAUUAUAAGAAAAUUGAUUUGUGUUUUAAUCAUUUUGUAGUGUUUAAACAUUUUAUUUUAUAAACUAAAGCUAUUAGAAAGGAGGGGACCUAUAAAACCCUCUACUAUUUUUGACUUUUAAUGUGUUUUUACAUGUUUUAAUAUUUUUAAACGCUAUCAAAUACUGUAAAUAACACAACCGGAAAGUCAAUGACAUUAAACGGUCAAACAUUUUGCCCCAGAAUCAGUAUCGAACAAUGGAAAAUAUUUAUAUUCCUUUUUGGAAUUUAAUAAUCACACUCAUAAUAAUAUGAAAUAUUCAUAGGAUUAUUAUUAAAUACUUACUAAUGGGCAUUUGUGAGUUUUGAAUUGUUUUACUAAGUUAUUGUUUUUCACAAUGUUUUACCAUUUAUUUCAUUUGAUAAGAAUUUAUAAUUAAUAAAUUAACUAUUACAGUUAUUGAUAUUGUAUUAUAAUACACUAGAAUUAAAAAUAAAACUACAAUAAAUAAUUUAUUAAGUAUGGGUACACUGAUCUUAAGUUAUAAAAAUUGUCGAUUCGGGGUAUAGACCUUUUGGUAUUGUCAUUUACAGUAUUUGACGUUAUAUUAUGGAUUUUAAGAGCAAAUUCGUUCUCUAUUUAUAAUAUUAUUUUUACUAUCUUGCUUAGUAAUACAUAAUACACACACACACAAAUUCCUAACACCAGAGUUAUAAUUGAGUGUAAAAACACACGCCCUUACUUUUUAUUAUACAUUUUUACUCGGGUAAACUUUUGAAUUCACCAAAAAAUUUUGUUGCUAAAACAUAACAGUUUUUAGGAUAGAUAUUUAACACAAUUAAUAUUAUUUAGGGAAUGUGGCUGUUAUCUGGAAAUGAUAGAAAAAUCCACGCUUACAAGAGUGACAAACAACAAAUUUGUGAACAAAAAGUACACGAAUAUUUUGUUGAAUACCAAGACAUAAAAUACUGUAUAAUUAGUUUCAGUAUUAAAUCAUUCAGUGAUUAUAAAAAGUAAUGUUUAUUUUUAAAUUCAAAUUUUUAAAUGUAGAUUUAUUUUUCUUUGAUGUAUAUUUUUAGAAGAAUAUCAUUUUAUGGAUGUGAUAAAGGAUAUUCAGUGUUUACAAUUGUAGACUCGGAAAAAAAUCAAAUACUCCAACGUGUUGAAACAAAUUAUCAGUCAACAAUAACAGCCGUGCAAUUGUUUAACAUUCAUAAUAGGACAUAUACACUUGAAAAUAUAAUCUCAGGUUUAAAAAAAAAUAAAUAUGUUUUAUUAAAUAUCCAUUAUAAUAUAUACUUUGUUAUAAAAAUAUAUAGCAGUCAAAGAUAUACCAGAUAUACCAGAUUAUGAAACUAUAAAUGAAAAAGAACCAGUUUGUUUGCUUGUUGGCAGUAUACUCGAGUCUGCUGUUGUAUAUAUGCAAGUACUACUAUCUUAUUUUUACAUUUAUUUAUUUAUUUUAUUAAAAUUAACAUAUUUUUUAAACAAAAUAAACAUUAUUAAUUUAAAAUUUUGUUUUAAAAAAAUUUAAUUUUAGGGAUGUGUUAAAAAAUCAUUUACGAAAAAGGAUUAAGUUGCCUAAUACUGAUGAACACCAAAUAAUUGCAACUUCUUUAAUUGCCGAUAUAAAUUUUGAUUCUAAAAAUGAAAUACUACUCGGGACUACUGAUAAUGUGAUUUCUAUAAAUAUAUUUUAAAACAGUCCAAAAAUAAAUAAAGAAUCUAUUUUGUUUUAGUACAUUUUAAAUUAUGUAUACAAAGAUAAUAUAUGGAUUGAACAGCAACAAUAUGACCUGAGAUACCCAGUGUUUACAAUUAGUUAUUUAGACAUAACUAAUCAAGGAGUGAAAGAUGCAGUAGUAAUGACUGAAAGAGGAAUACAUAUUUUAAAAGUAAGUAACCUACUUAUGUACCUAAUUAUGUUACAUAAUGAUGAUUGGUCAAAACUAUUUCUUUUUUCCAUUACUAAGUAUAUACUUCAAUGAUUAGAUUUAAUUUUUCAUAAAUCAUAUAAUAUUAAUUAUAGCCCAAACUAAUUAUGAUGUGUGGUUUGGCCAUGCUACGCGAACUGUUUAUUAUAAUUUUAUAAAACUAAACGCUUUUGGUUGGCUAUACAAUCACAGAAAACCUCUAGUUUUCCUUACUUGCCACCUUCAUGUCAAUUUGUCUAAUGCAAACUGUAAAGUAUUUGUACAUUUUGACUAUCCAAACAGAAAUCAAUAAAAAUUGUAAAAGUUUGUAAUUGAAUAUUUUUACAAUAAGCAUAUGAACGAAUGCCGACAGACAGGUUUAGCUGUUAAGCAUAUCUUUCUGGCACUGGGCACUGGAUUUCACUAGGCACUGACCUCACAUAUUAUAUCAUCACUUAUUGCUUAUCAGCUUUUAAUGAAAAUUAAACUAAUCUUCUAAAAUUCUAGUUGUUAUUAUUGGUUGUAAGAUAGAAACAUAUUUAUUACAUUUUAUUAAGUAUGUACCUAUUAUAUAAUUUAAUAUUGAACUAUUUAUACUUUAUAAUUGCAGCACGAACCAAAGGAUGUUAUAGAAGUAUUGAAAUAUCGUUUUGAAAUUGAACACCAUAACAAUUUAAUUUCAUUUGUGGACACCAUAGAGGCAUAGACUAAGAAUUAUUAUUAUAUACAAAUACUGUUGUGCUCAACAUCAUUAAGCAU